UGAGUCUAGCAGGGUUUUCAACGCAAAUGGGCGGCGUUUCCCCCUCGACUAGGAAGAACCGAAACGCCACCGUUUAAAGCCGCGCUUUCCGCCCGUCGGUACGGUGUCGACCUGAGCACCAUGGCUCCGUUGACGUUGACCUGUUUCUGCGUGCCGUGGCUGUGAGGCUCCGCUGCGUGUGCCGGUCCGGCCUGGCGCCGCCGCCGCCGUCCUGAGAGCUGUCAUCAGCGUGUAGAUGCCUUGGCUGAGAUGAGUGUGAAGGCAUUUGAGCUGGUCCCCGCUGUGGAGCGUGACCUCCUCAUGGGCGACAAAGCUCGCAUCAACAUUGAGUGCAUCGAAUGCUGCGGGAAGCACUUGUACGUGGGCACCAAUGACUGCUUUAUCCAUCACUUCCUGCUGGACGAGGCCACGUCCUCCAAAGGGAAACUGAUUUACUCAUCCCAAAAGCUGCUGCAUAAAUACCUGGGCCUCAAGAAGCCGGUGACUGAACUGCGAGCUGCUUCUGCUUUGGAGCGUCUGAUCGUGCUCUGUGAUGGGAUAGUAUUCCUCGUCGACAUGGUGACACUAGAGACUGUGCCAUCGGCUGCGGGAGGCGGGGCUAAAAUCAGAGGCGUCACGGCGUUCUGCAUAAACGAGAACCCGGUGAAUGGCGAUCCGUUCUGCGUGGAGAUGGCUGUGCUCUCCUCGAAACGUCGGACAGUUCAGAUUUACAUGGUGUAUGAGGACAGAGUGCAGCUGGCCAAAGAGGUGAGCACUCCCGAGCAGCCGUGUGCCGUCAGCGUGGACGGUUACUUCUUAUGCCUGGCCCUCGCCACGCAGUACAUGAUUUUGAACUACAACACAGGGGCCUCCCAGGACCUUUUCCCUUACAACAGUGAGGAGAGGAGACCUAUUGUGAAGAGGAUCAGCAGAGAGGAGUUCCUCUUAGCUGCUCCUGGUGGUCUGGGAAUGUUUGCCAACGCAGAGGGAGUCUCUCAGCGGGCGCCGGUCAACUGGUCAGAGAGCGUGAUUGGUGCCGCCGUGUGUUUCCCGUACGUCGUUGCUUUGGAUGAGAGCUUUAUCACCAUCCACAGCAUGUUGGACCAGCAGCUAAAACAGACCCUUUCUUUCAGAGAUGGACACAUUCUGCAAGACUUUGAAGGGAAAGUCAUUCUGGCUUCAACCAAGGCUGUGUACGUUCUGGUACCUCUGCCACUGGAGAGACAGAUUCAAGACUUACUGGCCAGUCACAGAGUGGAGGAGGCGCUCAUCCUCACAGAGGGAGCGCAGAGAAAUAUCCCCAAAGACAAGUUCCAGAUUUUGCACAAAAGAAUCCUCCAGCAAGCAGGUUUCAUACAGUUUGGCCAGCUUCAGUUUCUGGAGGCAAAAGAACACUUCAGGAAGGGUCAGCUGGACGUGCGGGAGCUGAUAUCUCUCUACCCGCUGCUGCUGCCAGCUUCCUCUUCGUUCACACGAUGCCAUCCCCCUCUCCAUGAGUUUGCAGAUCUCAACCAUCUGGCACAGGGCGACCAGGAAAAAGUACUGCGAUGCAAGAAGUUUCUCAUCAGUUAUCUCGGAGAGGUACGAAGCACAGAGGUGGUGAAUGGAUGCAGAGAGGACGUCGACACAGCUUUGUUGAAGCUGUACGCUGAGCAGAAUCACGAGAGCCUUUUAGACCUUCUAGCUUCAGAAAAUUCCUGUGUGCUUGCAGACAGUGUUCCCUGGCUGGAGAAAUAUCACAAAUAUUUUGCACUUGGGUUACUCUAUCAUUCUAAUGGCCAGGACUCUGCAGCUCUUCAGUUGUGGAUUCGUGUUGUAGACGGGGACCUGCAGGACUCGACAAGAUCCGACCUUUAUGAGUACAUAGUGGACUUUCUCUGCACCUCCUCCAAUCUGGAUCUCGUCUGGAAGUAUGCAGACUGGGCCUUGCUGAAGGAUCCCACAAAAGGCAUCCACGUCUUCACCAGGAGGCCUGCCAGUAAAGAUCAGCCCGAGUUAAACCCUGACGAUGUGAUCACUUACCUGGGAAAGCAUAGCCGAGCUCUGCUGCUCUACCUGGAGCACCUGGUGCUGGAGAGGAGGAUACAGAAGGAGAAGUUCCACACACACUUGGCUGUGUUGUACCUGGAGAGGGUUUUGUCGCUGCUGUCGGAGUUGCCUGCAAAUGAAGAGCAGCUUACCAAAGCCAGAGAGAGGCUCCAGGCAAUGCUCAGGGAGUCCGACCUUUACCGUGUACAGUUUCUUUUAGUUAAAACAGAAAACUGUGAACAACUGCUGCUGGAGCGCGCAACACUACAUGGAAAACUAGAGGAGCAUGACAAAGCACUGCACAUCCUGGUGCACCAACUCAGAGACUUUCCGUCCGCCGAGGCCUUCUGCAUAUGGGCCUCUUCCUGUCGGGAUUCUGCUUACCGGCAGCGGCUGUUUCACCUGCUCUUAGGAGUGUAUCUGGACGGGAGCGUUCCGGGAAGCGCUCCGUCGGCUGCGGGGAGCAACGGCGGCGAAAUGGAGAUGGCGGCGGUAGACCUUUUGAAUCGGCACGGCGAGGUGUUCGAUGCGGUCCGUGUCCUGGAAAUGCUGCCCGAAGGCUGGUCGCUGCAGCUGCUGAAGCCCUUCCUGGGCCGGGCCGUCAGGGCCAGCAUGCACGCCUGCCGCACCUCCCAGAUCGCCGUGGGGCUCGCUCACUCUGAAAACCUCCAACUGCUGCACGACAGGUUGAAAGAGCGAAAGAAACCCAUCUUAAUCUCUGAAAAGAAAGGAUGCCACUUGUGCCACAACACCUUCAGCGAGCCGAGUGUCGUGUGUCUGCCAGGCGGAGUGCCGGUCCACACGCACUGCGUCGCCCAGAGAGCAAGAGACUCUCCCACCAAGAGACAGUUGACUAAUAGCAGUAACCACACGUGAGACUUGAACCCUCAAACUACCAUGUAACCUGUGAUCGGAGGCACUGAACUGCAGCGAGGACGCGCUGAGCUUUUUGGAUGGUCGGGGGA